UAUAAUAAAAAAUAUGAUUUAUUGUAAACUACUAAAUAGGUUAAAUAAGCAUGGGCCCGUACUUCAUAUGCGCUCCUUUAGUGCCAUAAGUUGUUGCGAUCACAAACAAGCCAAGCCAAUAUUGAUAAGAAAUGAAUUGAGUAACAUUAAUAUUAGAAGACAAAUGUCUUUCGAGGGUCUUGUAGAAUGGCAGCAACAGACAUAUACUAGUAUAUCGAAUAGCUAUCUUGUUACAUUAAUGCAAAAUGGAUUAUUAUAUUUUCAUGACGCAUCUGGGUUAUCUUGGUGGGCUACUGUUGUUACAUCUACAAUUCUUAUACGGGCUUUAAUGACUUUACCACUUACAGUAUAUCAGAAUAAUAUACUUGCUAAAGUUGAAAAUAUUAGCCUGGAGUUAAAAGAUAUGGUAGAUGAAUUAAAAAGAGAGACUGCAGUGGCAAAGAAGCUAUAUAAUUUGACUGACAAACAAGCAAUUAUGUUAUAUAAAAGUUCAUUGAAAAAACAAUGGUAUAAGCUUAUUGUCCGAGAUAAUUGUCAUCCAUUUAAGUCAAGUUUAGUGAUUUGGUUACAAAUUCCAAUAUGGAUUUGCAUGUCCUUUGCUCUUCGAAACUUGGUUUAUAUGCAAUCUGGUGAUCCUGCAGCAUUGGUGACUUUUAUGCAGUUAUCCACUGGUGGAGUUGCUUGGUUUCCUAACCUAACAGAGCCAGAUCAUUCCCUUAUAUUACCAGUGGCAUUUGGAAUAACUAAUUUAGCUAUAAUCGAAAUACAGAGAAUGUCAAAACUAAGACAACCCUCUAGGAUGUACAAUGUAUUCACUAAUGUAUUUAGGGUAUUUUCAAUAGUUAUGAUACCUGUAGCAGCUACUGUACCUUCUUGUAUGUGUCUUUAUUGGAUGACAUCAAGUGGAUUUGGACUUGCUCAGAACAUAUUUCUUUUGUCACCAUCAGUAAGAAGAAAACUGAAAAUACCAGAAACUCCAAGUGAGCUGGAGGAUCCCUACAAUCAUAUGAGAGAAGAAAUAAAACACACCAUUGAAAAAAUUAUACCUAAGAAAUCUUAGUAAAUUAUUUUGAAAUUAAAGUCAUUUUCUUAAUUGAGAAACCAAAUUAGCAUAUUUUAUAUAUCCU